AUGCACAAGUGUAUAGUGUGUGGCAAUACAUCUAAUAACACCUAUGUCGAUCGCCAAGAAGUUAUUUAUCAUGGAGACGAACAUAUUGGAAAAGCAGUUGUAAAUAAUUUUAAAUCACCAAGACGGCCAUCUGGACUUACUAGAAACAAUGAGGAUAUGAGUAAUAAAAAUAUGCUGAUUGCUGAAAAGAGAGAACUUGUAUUACAACUAAGAAAAACCAUGGCAGAAACUAAAAGAAAUCGACAACACAGAUUCCAGACUCAGAACCAUCAGGAAUUUUAA